CCGUCCGCCUCACAAACACACAAGUUGUGGAGAAAGACGAGAGGGAGACUGAGGGAAAGAAGGAGGAGAGUUUGUUGUCAGAAUUAGUCUGCCACAUAACAGUCCAGCGAUGGAAAGCAUUUACAGAUAGAUAGUUGAAUAGGUAUAUUAGGCUACCUAUCAGUUAGUGAGUGGACGUCAGCUGUAUGUGAAGCAGAAGAAGAAGGAAAAAGGAGGAGAAACAUGAGCCGGCAACAGCAGCAGUCCCAGGGAGUGGUUUUAACGGGUUACCACAGCAACGCGGAACUGUUGCCGAAAACUGGACCGUGUGACCCCAGCUGUCCGUCAGCCCAGGACCUCGAGUCCACUGUGAUCAGUCGCAGAACAGGCCAAUACACUGUUCAACAGAACCAGAACCCGCAUCACGGAGACAAAUCUGGGCCUUCCACUACCACUAACAGUACAAGAACCACCAGCACUGACCCAGCAUCGCUACUAAACCCAAGCGUUGUCGCUUGCCCCAGGUCUCAGCCCUCCUCCAGCCCCAGACACAGUCCCAAUUCCAGGUCCAGACCGCGGCCACAAUGUCAGCGCUGCAACUCUCAGGAAUCUCUGGACGAGCUUGAGAUGGACGACUAUUGGAAGGAGGUGGAGAACAUCACUCGCUCAGGAGGAGGAGCAGGGAGGGGAGAAGGUGGAGGAGAAGGGGAAGUGCAAGAGGAGGAGCAGCAGAAAAUUCCUGAGGAAGGCGAACAGGAGGAGGCUUGGCUUACAGAGGCGGGGCUAGCACGGCUGUUUGAUGAUUCCCUAGCAGCUGACCAGGAUCAGGAAGAAGACAGCGCAGUGUUCCUGUCCACAUUGACCAGAUCUCAGGCGGCAGCUGUAGAACGUCGUGUGACAUCACUACAGCAGACAUGGCUACGGCGACGCAACCGGCAACACGUUCCCGAUGUCAGGGAUAUAUUCAGACCUCCUGAAAAGGAUGGCGAGCCUAGUAAACUCAAAGGGGGAAGUGAGAAUGGACAAAAAGAUGUCCCUUCAGUUGCAGAAACAGAGACAGAACUGAACGUUGAAGUGGCGUUUUCAGAGCAGGCGCUCACUUACAGGGACAACAACCAAAAGUUAAACGUCAUCGCUAGCCCUAACUCACCUGACGACAAAUUACCAAACUUUAAGCUGCUCCGAGAUAAAACGGGUCAGACCAGAAUAGGAGAUCUGUCUCCUCUGGAUAUGAAAAAGGUGCGUAGACUGGUGCUUGUUGAGUCGACUGCUCUGUUUGACACCGCUGGGAUAGACCUGAAAGCGCACAAAGCUGUCAAAGUUAAGACUAAAGAAAGUGGUCUAUUUGGUGUUCCCCUUGCCACUUUAUUGGAACAGGACCAGAGGCGGACCCCUGGGACCAAAGUGCCAUUCAUACUGCAGAGGUUUAUUAGUCAUAUUGAGGAGGAGGGAUUAGACACCGAGGGGCUACUGCGGAUCCCUGGGGCAGCCACCAGAGUCAAGUCCCUGUGCCAGGAGCUUGAGUCCUCUUUCUAUGACGGGAUGUUUCCAUGGCAACAGUUGAAGCAGCACGAUGCUGCUAGCCUUUUGAAGCUGUUCAUCAGGGAGUUACCCCAUCCACUGCUGACUGUGGAGUACCUCAACGCAUUUAUUGCUGUCAACAAGCUCCCCACAAAGAAGCAGCAGUUGCAGGCUUUGAACCUGUUGGUCCUUCUGUUACCUACGGCCAAUCGGGACACUUUGAAGGCACUAGUGGAGUUUUUCCAGCGUGUGAUUGACCACCAGGCCAAGAAUAAAAUGACUCUUAACAAUGUCUCUGUUGUCAUGGCACCCAACAUCUUCAUGUUCAAAGGUUUCCGCUCCAAGGUUACAGAACAACAGGAGUUCUCCAUGGCAACUAGCACAGCAAACAUUGUCCGGCUGCUGAUCCGAUACCAGAAUCUUCUGUGGACGAUCCCCAAGUUCAUUAUGACCCAGGUCAGACAACAAAACAUGGAAAGCCAUCGGAAACCAAAUAAAGAGAAGGCUGUGAGAAAGCUGCUGAAGAAGAUUACCACUGAAAAAUCUGAUAAAGCUGUCUCUGAGGAGAGUUCACAGGGAUUUAUUCGAGUUCAAGCACCACAAUUCAGUAAAGUGUCCAUGGCAGUUCAGCUUACUGAAGAGUUGCAGGCUGCUGAUGUAUUAACACGCUUCCUCAGCCAAGAGAGUUUAGUGGCAGUGAAACGAGAAGAGCUGUGUCUCUAUGAGAUUGGUGGAAACAUCGAGGAGAGAUGUCUAGAUGGGGAAACUUACAUGAAAGACCUCUUCCAGCUGAACCCUGCAGCAGAAUGGGUCAUCAAAGCUGUGCAGCGAUAAACUCGUUCCUACCAUCAUGCCCUGCUGGAUAAUGGACUGCUCCAAAUGUUCCCCAAUGUAUGCUACUAAGAGCAGACUGCACCUGGAUCUCUGUGGUUUCUGCUGGUUCUGAAUGUACUCAGACUGUUUGCUUGUAGCAACUUGUUGUUGUUGUUGGUGGUGGUUGCAUUGGUUUGCCCUGAAAACUGCCAAAAAAUACAACUAGUCCAAUGGCAGUUUAAAAACAUACUGUAUGAAUCCCUUUUGGUUAAAUCUGCGUUGCAUUUUUUCCACUUAAUUUAACAACCACAUUGUCAGACAAGAAAAAGGAAAAAUAUGUGCUUGGAUAUUCCACAACACAGACUUUUUUCCACUCUGCCUUAUACUAGAUGUUGGAAUUUUGGGCCUCAGUUACCAUUAGCCUAAAGCAUCCGACAGUUGAGCAGGUGAAAUAAAACCACCUUGUCGUCUGUGGAGUCCUGACAGACCGCUUUUAUUUUGUGGUUGAAACACGUUUCUCCCAGCAAUUAAGCCACAACAUUGUGAUUCUUAAUAGUAUGUGAUACUCUAAGUAUUGCAGUUGUAUACUGUGAUUUAUUGCUACUAAUCACUUUGUUGUGUCUUCAGUAAUACGCUGACAUAAUCUAGUUUGGGGCAAUAAAAUAUCAAAUCUAAUUAAAUCAUGAAUCAAUUACAUUAGCUCUAGUUUCUGUACAAAUACUUUUAAGAAAAUUGGCUUUUAUUUUAUUUUUAUUUUUUUAAAAGCCCAAAAAGUAAAUAUGUGGUCACAAUAUUAAAUGUGAAUAUAUCAAAGCACUUGAUUGUAACCAGAAAGGAAUGAACAUUGGAGUGAAUGGGCAUAUAGGGGUUGAAAAGCUGGAUGGGGACUUUAGAGACAGGAGAGGUGAUGAAGUACUACUGUACUGUAAGUUAUAUGUGAGGGAGGGGCCCCUUAUGUGGCACACCUCAAUAGUGACCCCAAAACCUUUCAUAAUAAUGUCGUCACUGACAGCUAACCGGAACAUGCAAUGAUGACAUCAAUGUUUUUAGGGUACAUUAAUACUGCUGUACAUUAUAACAUUUUAAACCGUUGAUGUUUGAGUAUGUUAACGUGUGAUCCAGCUUCAAAAACUGCUACUCGCCAGUGUACAAAUGUAAACAAACACAUUUUUAUAUAUGUACUGUAUAUAGUAGCCUAUGUGUUUGCUCCCAUGGAAUUCAUCAAUUGUCUUACAAGUUUUGUACCAGAUACUUAAUCAUUUUAAAGAUAUUUAAUAUGUAUAUACCAAAAAUAAAUGGCUGACUGUAUAAAUGGCCUUCAAUGAUACGCUGUCACAUGAUGGGUUCCAAAAGUAUGUGGACACUAAUACUUUUGGCUUUUGCUGUUUUGAUUUUUGUCUCUGUGCUUUUCACAGUCUGGAUCAGUUGAUAUAGCACACUGAGGAAAGUUUUAAUUUAAGUAUUUAAGUAUUAAUCCAGGAAUAGAAAAUCUCCAUUUUAUCUUUUUGGCACAUAGCUGUGCUUCUGGUGGCUUUCAACACAAGCCUAAUAUGAUUCUGUGUGGUUUCUUACAGUUUCAACAGCCUGUAGACGAUUAUUUUAGCACCACAAAGUCAAACAUCAUGGAUAUUACUCUUGUGGAAAGCUGUAGAAUACAAAUAAUGUGUCCCUGUUGGAAAAUGUUAUGAACUAAGUAACUCUCUGCCUUGUAUUAUCUUGUUUACUGUGAAUGUUCUGUUUUUUCAAAAAAUGAUGUCUUUGUCUUAUUACCACCUCUGAAAUGACCACUAAGCAGCCUGUAAAUAAACAUGCAGUUAUUAAUUACAGCA